AUGGACUUCUCCCAUCCAGACCGCAAGUCGGACGCUCAAUUCCAGCAGAUCCUCGACACGUUUGUCGGCGAGAACCAGACUGUCCUCACCGGCAACCUUCCAGACCUCCUCGCCGGUUACGAAGAUGAUCACGACGUCAAGAUCCUCGAAGAGUCUGAUUUUCACGGAGUCAAGCAUCUCUGUGAACAGUACCCCGACUUAGAGCUUGGCCCCACCGACUUGUUUGGAUUCUUGAUGGCUGUACUCCAGCGUUCGACAUCACCGCCAUAUCCUACACCCGAAACUACCCCAGCCCCUCAACAUUCUACGCCUCAAGAUGAUAGUCGCAGACGCCGCCGACACUCGGACCGCAUCCGCUCUCCCUCCGAUGGAUCCUCUAGCUCGUCCGAAGAGGAGCAUCCUCAUCUCCGUCGUCAAGACUCUGCCCCCGCCACCUCUCUCUCCUUUCCGCUUUCAUCCACCACUCAACCCCCCAAAGGCUUCUCCGGACCAGUCCGAACAAAGACACUAUCAGACCCGAAUCGUUCAGACAGCUCGAUGGACUCGCCACUCCCGCCACAGAGGGUCCGAGGCCGAGGACCGCCACCGAGUGCGUUCACGGGCGGAUUCGCGAGACCGAAUCCCGCGAGCAGGAGGAGGAGGGGAUCGAGCAGUGCACCGGUGGAAGACGACCUGAAAUCACCGGACCUAUAUAACCCGAGAAGGGCGUCUUCGAGGGCGUCUUCGCGAGCCCCCUCGCCCCAACCGUGGAACGCUGCCUCUUCCCGCCCUGCAUCUCGCGCCUCUUCUCCAAUGUCCCCAAAUGAUCAACUAGAUCACUCUUCCUUCCACGAAUCGUGGCACGACCGUGCCAAGUCUCCCGAUGAUAUGGAUAAUGACGUCGAGGCUGAGCGCAAAGUCCUCGCCGACGCAGAUUAUGAUGACGAGGUUGAUGAAGAGGAAGAGAGGCGGGAUGGGCUGGAUAGAGAUGUGACAGGUAGCGAUUCUCUGAUGCCAAGAUUCAGUCGCAUGACUACUGAAUCGACGGCAUCACUGCACACUUCUCAUGAUCACCUGCGGCGACUCAAGAAGGAGAACAAUGAGCUGCUGCGCAAGUUGAAGGAGACAGAAAAAUCACUGGCCGUACAGGGCUCGGAGAACGAACGAAUGGUGGAAGACCUCCAGGCCCGUCUCGAAGAAGCGCAGGGAGAGAUUGCUCAACGACGCAAGGACGAAAAGGAUAUGCGUGGCAAGGACCGAGCGCAGCUUAUCCAGAUCUCCGGGUUUGAAGCCGAUAUCCUGAGCUUGCAACGGACCUUGGAGAAUGCCAAAGCAAACCAUGCAAACAUGCAAAAGAUGUACAAUUCACAGUGCGACGAGGCGCAGAGGCUGAGAGAUAUGCUGAGAGAUCGGGACGCCGAGAUUCAAGAGCUUGAAGAAGUCACAAACACUCAAUCUGCCGACGAAGAAAAGCUGUCUCACGAGAUACAGGCCCUCGAGGCCGAAGUCAAACGUCUCGAAGGCGACCUUUCUCUUGCUCGCCAAGCCGAAUCUCACCUCCAAGUCCAGAAACAGGAAAACCUCGGGCUCAAAGAGACUAUCGACCGUAUGCGCUUUGACCUCGACGAAGCCCGUGCCCAAGCUGCCCUCGCUGGCAACGCUGGCCGUGGUUCAAACAGCGCUACUGCCUCUUCCAUGGGAGGUACCAUUUCAAGAAAUCUGGGCGAUGAGCUCGGCAGGAGACUCGUGGACGUGGAAAAGGUCGGAGAAGAGGAGGGUGAAGACGGGUUUGUGGAGACCAUUGUGACCACCCAAAGAACGCGAAGGGUCGGGGGCAGAAGGAGUCCUGUGCAGCAGCUCGGAAGCUCGAGUGAGACACCGCAGGAGCCGGUAUACGUCGAAGAAGGCGUGCGAGAGUAUGUGGAUGCCUCCACAGCUACAGAUUCUUCUCUUCUCGAAACCCCCAUCUCUUCUCCACCCGCAUACACGCCAGAGCCGCCACCUAUCAAUAUCGACCAAGUCCUCUCCCGUGCCCAUCCCAAAGCAAGAGAACACCAACACGAUCUACACGGGGGCGUGAUAGAUGGAGAGGAAGAGUAUCAGCAGAUGGUGGAUGCUGUGGGUGUGCGGUGUACGGUGAUUGAGGAUGAGAUGAAGAUGCAAAAGUUGGACAAGAUCAAGCGCGGAGUAGAGACGCUGCGGAGAAGGGCCAAGAGGGCACCCUGGGUCGAAAACUCUACCAAUGGUAUAUACCAAUAUAUCUUUCACGGUACGACCGACGUUCGGGAUAACUUUGGGCGAUAUACUGUCUUUGCUGUCGCUGUCUUUGCCUUCGGCAUGAUAGCAGGUUCCCAUCUCGCCGGCCCUGCUGCCGGCCUCCACCCUCGCGACUAUAGGCUCUUCCAGCAGAUGAACACGCUCGCAGGAGCGGCCGGUAUCGGAGAAGGCUUUCUCCCCGGACACAUGCUGGGUGUGGUAGAUCACGGCGCCCGACUUGUUGCCGGCAGGAUCCCGACCUAG